AUGGGUACUCCGAGCCUUGGGGAAAGCGCCUAUGUUGCCGUAGUCUGCAAGGAUUUGGGAAAAUGGCUUAUAGAUAAACAACAGUUCACAAUCCACACUAAAAUUACUCCAAAAAAAAAACACCAAAAGAAGAGAGACCUACAGCAAAUGCAUCCUCUCGACAUACGACUGCGAAAGCCACCGGUUAAGCGGCUCCCCACAUCCAACAAAACAACCCGAGUUCCCAUUCUCCGUAAAAAACGGGAACCUAAACACAUUAAGCAACUCCUCAACCGCCUGCCUAACGAGAGACGACCCUGUAACCCGACUCCUCCUUCCCCAACCCGUCACAAUAUCAAUCCUUGUCGGGCAAAUACCCGAAACCAGCAGCUCCUUACGAAACCAAGCAAGAGUCCUCGAAAGUGCAGUGACAGCUGUCCCAUCCGACAUCACAUGCAGAUUUAUCAGCCAAUAGCAAUUACCCUUCUCUUUAACCGCAUCUGGGUACACGUUUUUCCGCGCAGCCACUUCCCAAACGGACCCCGCCUCUUCUUUCAAGCCCGUUUUAUGAAAAAAAUCGAUCACAGCAUCUACAAGCCCUCGUUUACUUUCCCUGUCUUCGCUAUGCAUCAUGUCGAGAAAGUUGCUGACGUGGUCCCGAACGUUUUUGCCAUCGGGCCCUGGAGCUGGCAUGGAGAGAAGGAAAGUGUGGGCCGGGUGGCCCGAAACAGUCAUGAGCUGGCAGCAAAAGGCCAUGUCGAAGGAAGUUCGGGCCUCCGUGCAGCAGCUGAGGAGAAGUGUGUAGGUUUGGAGAGACGGGCUCAGGCCCAGGCCAAUCAUGCUCUGUAG